UCAACCCAACGAGACGAAGUAUUUUUCAUAGGGACCGUGCCUGUGCUCGUUGUAGUAGCGCGUAUCUGCAUGAGUCCUGGAACAAAAGAAAAGAAAAACCACUCUCCAAAAAUCUCUCGAUUCAAUUUCUUCCAGAAUUGAUGCUCUUUGAUUCAUUUUUCUCUCUGUGGGGUGCCUUUUGUUUCCCCUUUUCCCUUCCCUCACACCUCAAUUUCAACCCAAUUUCACCAAUCAAUGCAUCUUUUUCUUUGCAUUAGCCUUUUUCAAACCUUCUUCCCACUUUUUCCUUCCUCUGUUCCUCUCAUUUUUCUCAAAUUCCUCUUCCAAUCCCCCAUAAUUUGAACAAAAACAACGGAUUCUAGGGUUUUAAUCCACAUCACCUGUACUUUCUUCAAAAUCCGCCCAAAACACAUUCGUCUAUGGCCGGCGGCGCCGCCACUACUCCGACGGCGGCCACGAAGUUCAUUAAGUGCGUGACGGUUGGAGAUGGCGCCGUUGGGAAGACUUGUCUUCUCAUCUCUUACACUAGCAACACUUUUCCGACGGAUUAUGUUCCUACUGUUUUUGAUAAUUUCAGUGCCAAUGUUUUGGUUAAUGGGCGGUCUGUGAAUUUGGGUCUCUGGGACACUGCUGGUCAAGAAGAUUAUAGCAGGCUAAGACCUUUGAGUUACAGAGGAGCUGAUGUUUUCCUUCUUGCCUUUUCACUUAUAAGUCGGGCCAGUUUUGAAAAUGUAUCAAAGAAAUGGAUCCCAGAGUUAAGGCAUUAUGCCCCAUCAUUGCCCAUUAUUCUUGUAGGGACCAAACUAGAUCUGAGAGACGACGAACAAUUCCUCUUGGACUAUCCUGGGGCAUGUACAAUAUCAACGAAACAGGGUGAGGAACUAAAGAAGCUUAUUGGAGCAGUAGCAUACAUCGAGUGCAGUUCAAAGACACAACAGAAUGUAAAGGCUGUCUUUGAUGCUGCAAUCAAGGUGGUUCUUCAACCUCCAAAAUCCAAGAAGCCAAAGAGAAAGCUUCCAAUCUGCAAUUUUCUCUAGUCAUGUUUAAUUAAGCCUCUCUCCACAUGUAAUUGAACUAUGUAUGAUAAGUUCUAUGAUGUUUAUAGGUUGUAUUUUAACAAUUAUGUUAUUGUAUCGUAAUGUCAAUCAUGUUAUUUUGUUUGAGUUCAACAACAUUCAUAGGUGGGAUAUUUGAACAUGUGGUCUCGUUCUCUUGUUAUACUUUCAAGUCUUGGCGUUGGGUAGUUUUGACGAAA